AGACGCUAUAGGUGCUUAUAAUGUCGUCUGGUUGUUUUGUUUGUUGUUGUUCCAACUCAGGAAUCUAAAUUUUCAACUUUUUCCGAGUCAAAUCUGAAUCGGUGCAAUGGAAAAUAUGGAUGUAUAUUUCCAACAUGUCAUGAAACAAAGGCAACAACAGCAUCAGCAGGAGUGUGAUGGUUCAACAACUUUUGGAAACAUUGAUUUUUCUCCAUUUUCCCACCUAAGUACACAAACAGCUGGACACCAACCAGGAAUUGUGAACUUGAAGCAGACACUCGUAAACAAUGCAAUAUCACAAGAUUAUUUUCAAGAUGAUCAGUGGAAAGAAAGACAAGCAGUUAAUGUGAUGCAAGGUCAGCUGGUAUAUAACAACAACAACAACACACAACAACAUGCAAUAAUUGCCAACCAACAGCAAACAAGCCCAAACUAUAACAUGGUUGCUACACAGGGAACUGCAACACCUUUUACAGUUCAACCCUCAACAAUAAUGUCGCAAGAUACUCUUCUUCAACCUAAAGUUGAGCCUAUGGAUCAAGUCCUGGUCCAGCAUACACCACCCCCACCAUUCACAAUACAAGAAAGUGUUGUAAUCAAUCAACACCAGGAACUUGAUUCACAACAAGAGCAAGUGAUGUCGGGUUCAGAAUACGGAGACGAAAAUUUCAACUCACAAAUUGUUUUGGCGUUUUUAUGGAUUGAAGCAAAACUUUGUGCAAAGUUAAAGUAUCUAUCCUUCUGUGAAAGGGUGGCUUAUGUAUACAACCCGCUCGAAUACGCAUCUGACCCUCAUGCUCAUUAUGUUAGCAAAUACUGUGGCACAAAGAAUGUUCUUUUCCUUGGAAUGAAUCCAGGUCCAAAUGGAAUGGCUCAAAAUGGGGUGCCAUUUGGAGAUACACGUUAUGUUCGUGAAUGGUUAAAAAUAAGUGGAGAAGUCCACCCACCAACACAUGAACAUCCAAAACGUCCAAUUCAAGGUUUAGAGUGUCCAAGGAGUGAAGUUAGUGGAUCUCGUUUCUGGGGAUUUAUCGCAAAGUUAUGCGGGACUCCUGAGCGUUUCUUUCAGAAUUGUUUUGUCCACAAUUAUUGCCCGCUAGCUUUUAUGACUAAAACUGGUAAAAAUAUUAUUCCUGCUGCACUACCAGCUGUAGAUAGAAGAUCAUUAGAAGCUAUUUGUGAUUCAGCAUUAUUACAAUGCGUCCGUGUAUUAAGAGCACAAAUAGUGGUUGCUGUGGGAAAAUACGCAGCUGACAGAGUAACUCACGUUCUGCGAGUAUCGGGUGAUGAAUCUUCGGCAAGUAUUCGCGUCGAACGAAUCCUCCAUCCAUCACCAGCUUCACCACAGGCCAACACAGGGUGGGAGGAGAUAGUGACGCAGCAAUUACGCAACAGUGGGGUGUUACAACACUUGCAACAGCCUUGUUAACUGACCUUGUUAUCCUUGUAACCAGACACCUACAAAUAUAUGUUGUUCGUGCCAGUUUCAUUUAUGUUUUUGCUCGUUAUCUUUUUUCUGUAACUUUUAUAUUAUUUUACUCAGCCAUUGCAUUUAUAAUCCUUCUUAUUCGUAACAAUUAUCCACAGAAGUAUUCAGACAAUUUGAGAUAUAUUAACAAAAUUGGUCAGAAACUGCUUAAAAAAAUAUGAAAACAGGCUUGAUGUAAAAACAACAAUUUAUGAACAUUUUGUUUUAACUUGCAUUUUUAAUUGAUCCAGGGUUGCUUAUAGUUUCAUACAUCCUAUAAAAAUAUGUCAGAUAAAGUUCCAUUCCAAAUCCAUGCAUGUAAUGUUGUCAUGAAAUUUUAUUUUGUGCCACACAAUAAUUAAUGAGUGUAACCGUGCCUAAAUAUUAUGUUCCAACAUGUAUUUUGUUUCAUGUCAACAUUUUAAUGUCAUAUCUGUAACUUUUUUUUACUUAAAUAUCUUAUAAAUCAUGGAAUUCCUGCUUUACUGGUUACAAGCUUAUUAUGGAUACAAAUUUAAACUUAAAAAAUUCAGGGUAUUUUAAAACAAUUGUGGUGCAGGUUUUCAAAUCACUGUAAGUUGUGCAGCAUGCUACUACUUCUAUUUCAAUGAUAUUAUUUUGGACUUCUCGAGGCAGUAUAUGUACAUUUCUUACACCUAACCUAUGACCACUUCCCUGCAGUUUAUUCUCUAAUAACCAAACUGUUGCAAACCAAAUAGAAUUGCUUUGUUAAAAAAAAUUAGCUGCACUCAAGUAUUUUGUACAAGAAGUUGCUUUUAUAUGAAACUUUCUGCCUCGUUGUUGUGUCAUAAUGUUGCAUGUUUGUUAAAUAACCAGGUACCUCUUAACACUGCCCCUGGAAAAACUGAAGUGCUUUUCAAAAAUAUCUUGCAUUGAAAGUUAUUUUCACUGGUUUUAAAUAUAUCUCGCCGACAAGAGA